AUGCUGAAGGAGACGUACUCGUGGGCGCUGCGUCGGGUGUUCAGGUUCGCGCUCCGACGCGCGCUCGGCAGGGCUCUGAAGAACGACCUCGACGUAAAUCAGCUCGACGUGGCGCUCGGCGCGGGGACGCUGGAGCUCCGGGAUCUGGUCCUCGACUGCGAAUACCUGACUCGGCAGCUCGGGCACGAGUCGCUUCGCGUCGACGAGGGUCGCGUCGGGUGGGUGCGCGCGACGAUCCCGUGGAACGCGCUCGGGACCAAGUCGUGCGUCGUCGAGGUCGGCGAUGUCGACCUGGUGCUCGCCCCGCGCGAAGACCCGAUCGCGCCGCGCCCGGGCGCGCGGCGAAAACGGCGGGGUCGCACCGGACGACGCGGUGCCGACGCGACGGGCGAUGCGACCGGGUCGAACGGAGGAUCCUCCCCGCGGACCGGGAUCAUCGACGACGGCGUGCAGCUCAUCUCCAAGGCGCUGGAGAACGUGCUCAAGGGACUCAGGGCGCGCGCGGUGGACGUCACCGUCCGCGUCGACGCCCGCUCGGCACGCGGGAGGGCGGCGGAACCCGGCGCGCCUUCGCCGUCGAUACUCGCCAGGUUCAGAGAGCUGGACUUCAGUGACGACGGCGCCGACGGCGAAGGCGCGGCGACCACGCGGGAGAAGGUCGUCUCCGUCGAAGGACUCGAGGUGGACGUCGUCGAGGACGCCGUGCGGGGGGAAGGGACGAAGUGGCGCCGGUGCGUUGGCGGUGGAGGAGGCGCCGGCGUGGACUGCGUGGCGGCGGCGAAGUGGAGCUGGAGGUCCGAGGACGCGGCGGCGUCGUUCGCAGCCCCGGACGCGAUCGCCGCGAGCCUCACGCUGUCCCGCGCGUGGGUCGAGGCAUCGCCCGCGAGGCUGGAGGCUGUCGCGCGCGUCGCCGCGGCGUUUCAACCGCCGGGCGUGGAAGAAGAUGAGCCCGUCGCGAACGACGUCGACGACGACGAUGAAUUCGUCAGCCCGGAGUCUUCGUUCUUGGCGGACAUCUGCGACGACGCGGACUCGAGCGAGGAGGAGGGCAUCGAUCAGGUGAGACAGGGCAUGCGCGUGCGUAUGUCCCAGUAUCUCGAUCGGCGCGCGACGGAGCGCGACGGGCGAGAUAGCGACGAAGACGACGACGAGGUUUCGACGGAGCUCACGUUGACGAUUGCCUGUCCCGGCGUCACGGCGACUGCCGUGUACGACGACGACGACGUCGACGACGACUCGGAGGAGCGCGAAACGUUCCCGACGACGGAACACACGUGCGUGGACUUGAUCGGCAUCGACGCCACCGUAUCUUCCGGCUCUGAGGGCGUAUCUUUCGGUUUGCGGGUGGACGAGUUAGACGCGAGGGAGUACCUUCGGCGCCCGACCGUCGCGGCGAGCGCUCUCGGUUGGCUCCCGAACGGCGUCCACGACCCGUUCGAACCGUCGCGACGCGGCGGCCUACAUCGCGCGCCUUUGAUCUCCCUCUCGCCGACGCACGCGUGCCACGACGGGGACGGCAUCGGCGCGGCGACGUUCGCGUACAAGUCCCCGGGUCGCGGUGGAGGAUCCGAGCCGAGAUUUUUGAGCGCCGCCCUCGCGCCCGCGCUGAUUUGGAUCGACGCGGGUCUGUUCGAGCGGACCGCCGCGUUGGGACAAGCGCUGGACCGCGCGCACGACGAAAGGUCUGGACGACAACGACGACGCGGCGGCGACGGUUCAUCUUCCGACGACGACGACGACGACGACGACGACGACGACGGGUCGGCCGUGGGCGGGGGAUGGCGGAUCGCCGUCAACGCGGCGCUCGCGCGAGUCGUCGCGUGCGCGCCCUCGUUCGACGGCGACGGUUCGCAUCGCCAUCGCUGCGUGGCGCUCGACAUCGUCCACGACAGUGCCCCGGACGCGGCUCCCGCGUUCGUGGCGCUCGUCCCGUCCCCGGACGACGACGCGGCGGAUGGGACGACGUUCGAGUUUGCCGACGUCGUCCGAGCGGCUUUUUACGCGCCGCCCGCGACGGAGCGCGACCGAACCGACGCGGACGACGGACCCCCCGUUCGCCCGUUGCUCGAGCUCGAAUCUCCCUCACACGAGGCGCGGCGCGAGGGCGACUCCGACUCUGACGCCGACACGCGUAGGGUCGCCGUGGCGAUACGGGUGAAAGGCGGCGGCGGGGGGCUCGCGCUGGGAGAGUCGCGGGGGUUGGACGCCGGUACCACGUGUCUCGACGUGUACCGAGCCGUUAAGGCGCGCGCGGACCUCGCCGUCUCUAACCCUGACUCUGACUCUGACCCUAACCCUAGGACCCACCCACGCGAGGACGGCAUCGAGUCGGAUGACGUCGUUCGCGUCGUCGAACAAGUCGCGGCGGAGUUACUACGAGCAAUCCUCGAUCAGAUCGAGAUCGACGUGACGUCGCCGCGGAUCGGGUUAGCCGCUUCCCCCGAAUCCAUCGCUCGCGCGUCCGAAGCGUUUAACGCCUUCGCCGCGCUGCCGAGGGGUCACCCGCUGUCGUGCGCGCCGCCGGCGCCGGGUACGCCGAUUAUACCCGUGGCGUUCCGAGCGUCCGCGGGAGAGGUCGUCGCGGAGGUGUGGACGGACGGGGACCCAUGUUGGGAGGCAGGGACGAGACGCGGCGACGGCGCGGCGGCGAUGGAGACGUCGAUGCACGGGACGAUGCACGGCGCCGCGUCCGCCAUGUUUCAGUCGGCGAUGUCGUUCCUGAGGGAGUCGACGCGCGGCGGAGAGAGGGAGUCGAUGGACGUUCAGUGGGGGGAGUCGAUGGACGUUCAGUGGGAGUCGACGGACGGGUCGGUGCCCCCGGCGAGAGUCGCCGUCGACGACCGCCGCCGUCGGGACAUUCGCGGCGCGACCGUCUCGCUAGCGAACGCGCGGGUCUUCUCCGCGACGGCCAUGUGCGGCGAUCCAGGCGCCAACCUUCUCACCGUCAACGCCGAGGGGUUCGACCUGACCCGAGGGGUUCCGUCUGAUCCGCGCGUUGGACCCGUGCUCACCGCGAGAGACCACGACGCGCUGGAGGGCGAGCCGGGUUUGACGGUGGUACACGCCGCCGCGCCGGGCGUCGGCGGCGCGGCGUACGCGUCCGUGUCCGGCGCGGUGGCCAAGAUCGCGCGGGGUCGCGGGGUCGACUCGGGGCUCGAGGGCGUCCUCGAAGAUUUGAGGGUGGCGGCGGCGGACGUCGUCGCGGCUGCGGCGUCGAAAGACGAUCCCGGCGACGAGGAGACUCUCCCGUACCACGCGAGCCUCGACGUGAGGGAGUCCGCGGUGGUGCUCGUUGGCGUGGUUGGGGGGGACGGCGAGGACGCGACCCUGGACGGCGGGGGCGCGACCCUUGACCCUAAACCCAAACCCUUGACCCUGAACCACGGCGUCGUGAGGCUUGACGUCUUGCGCGUCGCGGUCAUCCCCGGGGAGUCGACGGGGGUGGAAGGGGUCGGGUCCGAAUCGCCGUCGCACCCGGCGUCGCGCGGCUCCCACCUGAAACACCGCGCGCUCGUCGAGGGGAUCGCCGUGCACGUCGCCCGGCCGAGGGCGAUCGCGUCGUCGCCUGAGGGAUACGCGGACGACGCGGACUUAAACCUGGUGGGGUUGCCGGGGUUUCCGUGCACGUCGGACGCGCUUGUCGCCGCGAACGUCGUGAGGGUCGCGAGGGAAACGUCGGUUCUCGCCGAGGGUCGCACCGGCGGCGGAUGCGCCGCGAUCGUGGCGCUCAACGCCACGAACCUUCGAUGCGACUUCCACGGGGAUUCGCUGAACGCGACGUUGGAUCUGUUCGACGCGAUGACGUCCGCGGGACCCACCGUCGAGCCGCCGCGCGAGGAUGACGACGAGGAGCGCGAGCCGUCGUCGUUUGACGCGAGCCCGCGACGCCGCGAGUUUGACAACGCCCCCGCGGCGGCGGCGGCGCUCUCUCAGCCGUCCGUGCGCGUCGCCGCCGGACGCGCCGUGCUGGACGCCGUCGACGAGGACGCGUUCGUGAUUGAACGCGGCGACGGAUGCUCUGGUCGGGCGAAGAGUCCGCGGCUCGGCGGCGUCAUCGAGGACUACGCGUCCAUCUCGAAGGGAGCGGAUGGGAAGGUGCGAGAAAGAGCCGCGGCUCAGCGCCUGCGAUCCUCCCGACACACCCCGUCGAAAUCUCCGCCGCCGCCGCUGACAAUCGCCGAGAGUCCCAGCUCGCCGACCCCCGCGUUCGCCAAGUCCUACGCGGAAGCCGUCUGCAAGUCCAUCAGGUACGUCUCCCCCGAGACGGCUGCGACGGAGGCGAUGCGCGCGAUGCGACUCUCCCAGUCGCAAUCGACGUUGGCGAUGGGCCGCAGCGGGACGAUGAUGGGAUCGUACAUGGCCUCGAGCCAUCUCGCGCAUGCCGGCAGCGUCGGGUUACCCCCGCGUCCGCCCCGUUCGCCAAAGCCGACGGGCGCCCCGAAGGCGACGUCGAGGCUUCGAUCGAACGGGACGGAAUCGAGCUCGACGGAGCCGUUGAACGCGACGCGCCCACCGCCUCGGGGCGGGUCCGCCGAGCACAGAGCCGUGUGGUUCGACGGAGGCGCGGGCGUCGCGGUCAUCGACGACCACGUGUCGAUCCCAUCCACGUGUCCAUCGCGGGAGGUACCCGGCUCGACGCCGUUCUUACCCCAACUCCCCCGCGACGGUUCAACGCCGACGAGCUCCAUCACGGCGCUCGUCUCGUCGGUCGAGGUGAACGCUCGAUCGGGAAGCCGGUGGUCCCCGGCUCACUCGGCCGUCUCCGACGUCGAGUGCGCGGGGGCACGGUUCGUGGCGAAGGGAGCGGCGCUGCGAUGCGACGAGCUCGCGGCGGGUCCCGUGGCGUGGCGCGCGGCGGCGUCCAUCGCGGACGCCGCGUGCGUCGACCUGACGCCGCCGCCCAGGUGUCGGUGGCCGAAGAUCCUCGCGCACGACGCCAACGUGCCGCGGGAGACGGACUCGGCGAUGUUCAGACUGGACGUGAGCGCCGUUCGGAUGGACCCCGCGGGCGCCGGAUCCGGCGCAACGGAGCUCCGACUCAAGGUGGCGUUGCUCCCCGUGCACCUCCGCCUGGACCAGCACGCGCUUCGUUUCUUUCAAUCGUUUGCGUCGCGCGGCGAAAGAGUCAAAGACGCCGACGACGAUUCCGACGAUGAGGCGAUUGUCGAUGCGGACCCAGUAACGGACGCGACGGCGGCGUUUUUCCAGCUGGCGGAGAUUCGCGUCCCGUCGGUUCGGCUCGAUUACGUGCCCAGGGACGUGGACGUCGCGGCGUUGAGGGCGGGGAACCUCGGCGAGGCGCUCAACCUGGUUCCCUUUGGCGGUGUCGUGGUACGACUUCAGCCGGUGACGGCGCGCGGCGUGUGCGGCUGGUCCAAGCUGAGCGAACUGGCAGUGAGGUCGUGGCUGGAGCACGUCGCGUCCACGCAGGCGCACAAGUUUGCGAGCGGGCUCGCGCCCAUCAGGAGCGUGUGCAACGUGGGAACGGCCACCAAGGCGCUGGUGACGACGCCGCUGGAAUUUCGCCGCGCAGGUCGAAGGGGGGGCGCGUGGCGCGGCGCCGCGCACGGUGCGGCGGAGUUCGUCAAGGCGGUCAGCCGCGAGGCGCUCGGCCUCGGCGUCACCGUCGCGGCUGCGACCAACGCCGUCAUCGGGGGCGUGGAAGACGCGGUGAUACCGCGGCGGGCGCCCAGGGAGGAGAUGCCGGAGCCGAAUAACCUGAGGGAGGGCGUCCGUCAGGCCGCCGCGACGCUCGGGAGGGGGCUCAAGAAGGCUGCGGCGGCCGUGAAGGACGGUCCCGUGCGCGUGCGCAGGCUGGGCGGCGACGGUACCGCCGUGAUGGCGAGCGCGGUUCGGUCGGCUCCCACCGCCGCCGUCGCGCCGGUGGCGGCGGCGGCGGAGGCUGUGCACAGGACCCUGCUGGGAGCGAGGAACCAGUUCGAGUCGUCGGUCGAUGGAACGAGACGAGUGACGUUCGAUUUUUCGGGCGAGCGUGACGGAGACCUCCUCGACGGGGAAGAGUUUUGA